GGUGGAGGGAGAGGGUGACAGUGAGGUUUGAUUCAGUCGCAAAGAGCACAUCGUGCAUCUCUGAGCAUCACUGUCCAGGUCUCAUUUUCUCAACGUUUUGGGGUAUUUAACCCACAGCUGGAUCCUUGCUGGAGCCAUGGGAGAAGCAGAGACGCGUCAAAAACUGCUCCGCAAUGUGAAGAAGGAGGUGAAACAGAUCAUGGAGGAGGCAGUAACCAGGAAGUUUGUGCACGCGGACAGCAGCCACAUCAUAUCCUUUUGUGCUGUGGUUGAAGCCUGUGUGCUCCAUGGACUAAAGCGACGGAUCGCUGGUCUCCUGUGCAGCAACAAGGUGGCAGCCCUCUUCAUGAAAGUGGCGAAAAGCUUUUCUCCUGCUGAACAACUUUGUCAAAAGGUUCAGGAGUUGGAGCGACUCAUGGAAAAUAGCAAGCAGAAUAACUCCUCGCUGAGUAACGAUCGCAGUCGCCAGGCCAAGUUAGGAAAUCUGCCUCCUCAGGCUCUCAAACACUUGUGGAUCCGAACUGCCCUGAUGGAGAAGCUUCUUGACAAGAUUGUGCUCUAUUUGGUGGAGAACAGCAGUUCCUUCUAUGAGCGGGAAGCCAUGCUGUUGGAUCCCGUGGAUGGACCGAUCCUUGCAUCCCUAUUGGUUGGACCUUGUGCUUUGGAGUACACAAAAGUCAAGACCGCUGACCAUUUCUGGACAGACCCUUCUGCUGAUGAGCUUGUACAGCGGCAUCGCAUCCACAGUGGCCACUGCCGCCAGGACUCCCCCUCCAGGCGACCUGCACUGAUCCAGAAGAGACAAUCCAGUGGGAGCAUGGACGAUCGACCGCUAAUGUGGGCCAGAGAGUACGUGGAAUCCCUUCACCAAAACUCUAGAGCCACCUUGUUGUUCGGCAAAAACAACGUUUUGGUGCAGCCGAGGGACGACAUGGAGGCCAUCCCAGGAUACCUGUCGCUGCACCAAACUGCUGACCUCAUGACACUCAAGUGGACUCCGAAUCAGCUGAUGAAUGGAAACGUGGGGGAGCUCGACUCGGAGAGAAGCGUGUAUUGGGACUACGCCAUGACGAUACGCCUGGAGGAGAUCGUGUAUCUUCACUGCCAUCAACAAGUGAACAGUGGUGGCACAGUGGUUUUGGUGAGCCAGGAUGGAAUCCAGAGACCUCCUCUUCAUUUCCCCAAAGGUGGCCAUCUGCUUCAGUUUCUGACCUGCCUGGAGACUGGGCUGCUCCCACAUGGACAGCUGGACCCCCCGCUGUGGAACCAGAGAGGAAAGGGAAAGGUUUUUCCCAAGUUGAGGAAGAGAAGUCCUCAUGGCUCAUGUGACUCUGUGUCGGAUAAAGAAGAUGAGGAAGCCACAGAUUAUGUGUUUCGGAUCCUCUUCCCUGGGAAUCAGAUGGAGUUAAUGGCUCUCGAGCUAAUGGACCAGAGCAUGAGCAUGUGGCAGCCCACCCCCAGGAAGUCCUCCUGCUCUUCUUGCUCACAGAAUGGCUCAUCUGACGGCUCUAUUCCCAACGGCUGUAACCAAGAAAGGGCGCCGCUGAAGCUGCUUUGUGACACCAUGAAGUACCAGAUCAUCUCCCGGGCUUUCUAUGGAUGGCUUGCGUACUGUCGUCACCUGUCCACUGUUCGCACGCACCUUUCUGCUCUGGUCAACACCACCAUCGUUGACCCUGAUGUACCCUGUGAUGCACGAGGUGGUCUGUCUGUGGAGGUCUGGGGCAAUUUCUUAAAGGACAGCACCGCCUACGAGGAAUGCGAGAUACACAGGCUUGUGUAUUUCGGUGGUGUGGCCCCUUCGCUUCGCAAAGAAGUGUGGCCCUUCUUGUUGGGGCACUACAAAUUCUCAAUGAGUGAGAAAAGCAGACUGGAGAUCGAUGAGCAAAUGCACACGAUGUAUGAGCUGAAUAUGAAACAGUGGCAAGGCUGCGAGGCCAUCGUCCGUCAGAGGGAGAGAGAGAAGCACGCCGAGGCUUUAGCCAGAUGCUCCUCAGGGACCAGUGUGGAGAGAGGACCAGUGCAGCGUGACUCCACCAUCAGCACAGAUUCGUCUUUAAGCAGCAACUCCCAGAGUGACUCCAGCUGUGCUCAGGUUUUCGAGUCGGUGGAAGCUGUCGAUCCCACAGAGCUAGAGGAGAAAACUGAAGGCGAGAUGAAGCACAAUAGUCCAGUGAAGGACACUCAGGAGGACAAAAUGGACACUGAUAAGUUUCCCCCCAGCGACGUCGCCACACAUGAACAGCAAAUAAAGAGUCCAGACGUAGCUACCAGCGCAGAUGAAGCUUCUCAGCCUCCAGAGGAGGAAUCACAAGUCGGCUCAGUCGAUAAGAGCAGUGUUUCAGACUCAGAGAAGAUGGAGAUCUCAGAGAGUGAAGCUGAAAAAGAAUGUGGUAAUGAUAAGACAGCGACAGAACCACAAGUAGAAGAGGAACAAAAGCAUGAGUGCAGCCUUUUAAAGGAAGUAGACACUAACAGAAACCCAAAACCCACUCUGGAAAACACCAAUAUUCUUAAACUAGAAAAGGAGAUCCACAAUGAGUAUUUCCAGGCUCCUCCACUCGGAGAGGCUCUGACUCUUCCAGCCAACAGUAGCAAGGAGAAAACGCUGCAGCCGUCUUCUUCUCUAAACUGGAAGGACAGAAUUCCUGAGCAAGCAUCAAAUAAAGCCAGUGAAUUAGAGAUAACAGAUGGCAAAACUGCUGACUCUGCAGAAGCGAAAAAAGCAGUUGAAGGGCCAAACCUUGAUAAACCUGGUUCAAAUUCACCAGUCCGACAGAUGCUCAACGCUCUUCAGACGGCGUCGCGAGGAAGCAUUUCGUUAUCGUCCCACACGAGAGAGUCCCCCGACUCGGACGAUUCUCCCUCCGCCCUGGAGAUGGAGGACAUUCCUGCUGGAAUCACCUGUGUGACCUCAGAGGAAAUUAAACCCAGGCCCCUGACCAGUCUGGCGGCACCCCCAAUCUCACUGGUGCAGAGAGAGAAAAUGAGGUCGGAGGAGCUCACCUUAGAUCAUCAUCUGGACACCGACUGUAAUACCAGUCCCGAGGGGACGGACCUGGGUCUUUCAGAGGACGAGCCGGAGAUGGAGAAUAUGCUUAGUGAGGCAGGAGACGGAGGAGCGGAUUCCAAACAUGAUACAGAGACCUAUUCUCAAGAAACUCUGGACAUGUACUUGAUUAACCUGCAUCGCAUUGACAAAGACGUCCGGCGAUGUGACAGAACGUACUGGUACUUCACCGCAGAGAAUCUGGAGAAGCUGCGCAACAUCAUGUGCAGCUAUGUUUGGCUCCAUCUGGACACGGGUUACGUCCAAGGCAUGUGCGACCUGCUGGCUCCCCUGCUGGUCAUUCUAGAUGAUGAGGUCAUGGCUUUCAGUUGCUUCACUGAACUGAUGAAGAGGAUGAACCAAAACUUUCCUCAUGGUGGCGCCAUGGACUCUCACUUUGCCAACAUGCGGUCGCUCAUCCAGAUUUUGGACGCAGAGCUAUUCGAGCUGAUGCAGCAGAAUGGCGACUACACUCACUUCUACUUCUGUUAUCGGUGGUUCCUGUUGGACUUCAAAAGAGAGAUGGUGUACGAUGAUGUUUUCGCUGUCUGGGAGGUGAUAUGGGCCGCCAAGUGCAUCUCCUCUGAGCAUUUUGUGCUCUUCAUUGCGCUCGCACUUGUGGAGAUGUACAGAGACAUCAUCCUGGAGAACAACAUGGACUUCACCGACAUCAUCAAGUUCUUCAAUGAGAUGGCAGAGCGACACAGUGUCCCCCAGGCUAUGACGAUGGCCCGAGACCUGGUACACAAAGUCCAGACCUUAAUUGAGAACAAGUGAUAAAGUGUAACCUGGUUCAUCAAAUCAGUAACCCGACAUGUCCAGCUCCUUUCCUGUGGCUUCUUGCUAAAUUUGGGAGUGAGAUGACUUUUUGUUUUUCCUGGUACUUCAGUGUUGUUGUUCCACCUCGUGAAUGUAGGCUUGCUGAAAUAGCUUCAGGCUUUAUUUUUGCCUUAACUGACGCUGCCAGACUCUUCAUCAUUCAUUUAUUUUGUCACACACGAUGAAAGUGGUGCAGAUGUUGAUUUAUGUGCUCAUGAGUGGUGUUAAUGCCAUGACAAGGCCCACAUCUUGUUGAUCCUGCUCAUUUACCUCUGAUGCACACAGACAUGCAGAAGACUUGACUGAACCAAACACGUGCCAGCUACAUGCACACUUUUGUUUGAGAUAUAUAUAUAUAUAAAUUCACCAUCUGUGUUAUUAUAAGGUUGCCUUGACGACAGCCCUACCUUCACUACAGCCACUGCUGCAUUCACCGACUGCCAUAUGGAUCUGACAUCUGACGCUCACUGGUGAUCUGAAACUACUUUUCAGCAUUUAAUGACCCAAACAAACACUGAAUAAAAGAAAAACAAAUCAUACUCAGGUAGCCAUCAAACACCCCAAAGUGACACGGAUAUAUAUACUUCAACUUCAUCACGCAUGUGUGUAGUCGGUUUAACUACCAUGGCUCCUGCACGUUCUGACCAACCAGAUGAGGCGUCACCUUGUCCAACCAGAAGGAGGCCACGGGGCAGACCCAGGACACACUUGAGUCAAUGCUCUCCUGGGAUACUAAGUAGUCCUCCGAACAAGCUGAAGGGGAGAGUGAAGUUUGGACCUCUUUGGUCUGGCUUCAGAUUCAGUUCCUAGUGGAUCAAUCAGACAAAUGUGUGGGAGAUUCAAACAAACCCUAGCCUACACUCAUUUCUGUUUAGGGGGAAAUGUAAGAAAGUACUUGAUACUUACACUAAGAAAGCCAAAGUAUUGUCUCCAAAUUGUAUCACCUAAUAACUAUAACAGAAUGAAAUACUGACAGUGUAGUAAACCUCACACUUUAAGCUAUUUAAACUACAUCAAAAGAUACUUUUCUUUUUUUUAUGAAACAAACGCGUAGUUUCCGUCUUUAUAAUCAUUCAGAUGAUCAAAAACAAAAAAACAGAUGGACAAAAUUGAAAUGUUGCUAUUGAAACAAACCUGCCGAGUGAGGUCACUUGUCAAACUGACUACACAAAUCUUCUUUGGCUAAAUUCUCUUCCACAUGAUCCUCUAUGAAAUAUUGCUAUUUGUGUGUUUGUGUUAAAUAUUUACUGUACACGAGCGUGUUUAUUGUACAAAAAAAUAAAGCUGUAGUACAAAUUGACUUAACGCAAUACAAUGUCUGUAUAUGAGCUUCGUUGGAUCUAUGCCACUGAAAAUAUUUUAUUUUUUUCUGUGUCUUUCAAAAUGUCACCUGUUAUAAUUUAUUGUGUAUUAAAAUAUAUUUUG